UUUCUCUGAAGUGACAGGUAGCCCACCAAAAUCCAAACAUCCUCGCACAGUAUAUUUAAGCCGUCAGUCGUCAUCUUCGACUGGAAUUCAGUUGUCGAGACGAACAAAAUUCACACUGUAUAUUUCAUUGCCUAACUAGUUCGAAUCCAUAUUUGUAGACAGAAAGACGGAUUCGACUUGGAUGGCUCCUGCCGAUGACUCCAGAUCAGAGUCCUUGUUUAAUGGGUAAUGAAUCUGUGUGUUGAUCCUCGGUGCUUUUCAACAUGCAUAAAUCAUUCCUGGUUACCUGCAAAAUUUUAUUGUUAACGACUCCUCCUCGUACUCGUACUGUCCCAAUCCUGCCAAAACCUCAAUCACUCUUCUUUUACUCCUCAUCACCCCACCAUCACCAACAACACAAACGAGAACUAGAACCUUCCGAUUCCCAUCCAAAUGCCAACACCAAAUCCCCAAUUGGGUCACCAUCUCGAGUCCAAAAACUCAUAGCUUCCCAAUCAGAUCCUCUCUUAGCCAAAGAAAUCUUCGACUACGCUUCUCGCCAACCCAAUUUCCAACACUCUUACUCAUCCUAUCUCAUUCUCAUUCUCAAACUCGGUCGAGCCAAAUACUUCUCUUUCAUUGAUGACCUUCUCACUGACCUCAAAUCCAAAAAUUACCCCGUAACCCAGACUCUUUUCUCUUACAUAAUCAACAUCUACGGAAAAGCAAAUCUCCCAGAUGAAGCUCUCAAAAUAUUCUACACUAUUCUCAAGUUCGACUGCAAUCCUUCGCCCAAACAUUUAAAUGGCAUUCUUGAAAUUCUUGUUUCUCACCACAACUAUAUUAAACCCGCUUUUGAUCUUUUCAAGGAUGCUCAUACAUAUGGCGUUUUCCCCAAUACCAAGUCUUACAACAUUUUGAUACGUGCUUUUUGUUUAAAUGGGCAAAUAAGUAUGGCAUACUCAUUGUUCAAUCAAAUGUUUAAGAGAGAUGUUAUGCCGGAUGUUGAGUCUUAUAGGAUUUUGAUGCAGGCUUUAUGUAGAAAAAGUCAGGUUAAUGGAGCUGUUGAUUUGUUGGAGGAUAUGUUGAAUAAAGGAUAUGUACCGGAUGCAUUGAGUUAUACUACUUUGUUGAAUAGUUUGUGUAGGAAGAAGAAGCUCAGGGAGGCUUAUAAGCUUCUUUGUAGAAUGAAGGUUAAAGGAUGCAAUCCUGAUAUUAUUCAUUAUAAUACGGUUAUAUUGGGUUUUUGUAGAGAGGGGCGUGCAAUGGAUGCUUGUAAGGUUCUUGAGGAUAUGGAGUCUAAUGGGUGCAUGCCAAAUUUGGUGUCUUAUAGGACUUUGGUUGGUGGGUUAUGUGAUCAAGGGAUGUUUGAUGAGGCAAAGAGUCACCUUGAGGAAAUGAUGAUGAAGGGAUUUUCUCCGCAUUUUGCUGUUUCGAAUGCUUUGAUAAAGGGUUUUUGCAAUGUUGGUAAGAUUGAGGAAGCUUGUGGUGUUGUGGAGGAAUUGCUGAAGCAUGGAGAAGCUCCACAUACGGAGACCUGGGUGAUGAUGGUUUCUAGGAUUUGUGAAGUGGAUGAUUUGCAGAGAAUUGGGGAAAUUUUGGAUAAAGUUAAGAAGGUAGAAUUAAAGGGUGACACUAGAAUAGUGGAGGCUGGUAUUGGUUUGGAGGAGUACUUGAUCAAAAGGACACAGCAAAAAGCAUGGAGAGGUUGAAUGCUUUCAAGAAUCUGAUUAUUGAAAUUGACUCUGCCAUUGUGGUGUCUUGGCUCGGUAAAGCAGCUGGCAGACCAUGAAAAAUGGCUCAUGAUCUGUCUUCCAUAUCACCUCUCUUGAGUAAGAUUAGCCAGGUUUGGUUCACUCAUAUUCGUAGGGAAGCAAAUGGUUUUGCUGAAUGCUCGGCUUAACAGGGAUUUAUGCAUCAAAUGGAUUUCAUUGCUUGGCUAUAAACUUCUUGUGGUGCUCUUCAUUUUUCUAUGUUGCCGAUUUGUUUCAAUCUUGUAGUUUGCAUGCUUGUGAUUAUCGUAGAUCAGAGUCAUACUUCUAUCUGGUUCUGUUCAGAAUCUUUCGGCUCUACUAAUGUUGGCUGUCUCCAAGUUGCUUGCUUGUGGCAUCACAAACUUCCUCCAGGCUGUUGCUACGCUUGUGCUUCCACUUCAUGCUACCAAGAAUUGAUUGAUUUCUACCUCGGAUUGCUCCGUGUUUCUCAUCUGAACUGAUAGCCUUUGCUGCUGUGCCGAUCAUUCUGCAAUGUCAUUAUGCUGUCCCUUGCUUGAUUUUACUUCCAAGUUUUAUUGUUGAUUUCACUCUGCUCUUUUCUGGGUAUGGUGCUGAUGUCAUCUUUCUACAAUGCUGAUGCGAUGAGUAUGAACCCCUGUUAUAGAUUGCUGUCCGCAUGCCGUGUAGCUGUUGCGACAUUACCUCCCGGAGCUUUGCUGCUGCUUGAGAUUGAUAUAAGCAAACUGAUUUCAUCAGGUGGCUUGUGUUGGGAAUCAGAAUUCUGCAGUUUUUUGAAUGAAUUACUGCUCGAAUAUAGGAGGGGAUUUAUUUUUUCCUGGUGUUAGUCUGCCUCUUUCUUUCCUGCUGCGACCUGCCCUUUGCACUGUCUCCUGCUACACAGUACACUGUUUGCUGAUUUUGCAUGUGGAUUACUAACAAAAUCUCCUGCUACUUUGGUCAUUGCUGAUG